AUGUCUGCACUCAUCCCAACAGUCUCACUCAGGAACACACUCCCAUUCAUCUUUUCCCUCGCUGCAGCAACUACUAUCACAACAAGAGCUUACUCAACGGGCCUCCGCCCUCGUGGUCCAGGACCCAUCCCCCUCGAGUCAGCCAAGGACCAGGCAGAGUUUGAACAGCUCGUCAAGAACGCCGCCUCCACACCCGCCACUAGCCAUCCCGACGCACAGACCCCCGUCCCUGAUGAGUUCCAAGGCGACACAAACCCCACCACCGGUGAAGUCGGAGGUCCCAAGCGUGAACCCGUCCGCUUUGGCGACUGGUCCUUCAAAGGUCGUGUCACCGAUUUUUAA